CCUCCCAUAUGCAUUACAUUGAAAAAUCAUUUCGAAUUUAUGAGCUUAAACCAAGCUUCCAUCUUAAUCCUCUCCAUUAAUCCUCGAUCUCGAGAUUUUGCUGCUCUUAACCACAAGCCGCCUCUUCGCUUAACCAAAACGGGAUCUCUUGCUGAGUAUCUCGCUUUUGGCUGAAGGGUGGGCGGUGGUGGUUGAUUUCGAUUAAAGAGAAACCAGAGGUGCUCCAAUUCUCUGGUUUUCCAGGGAAUGCCGAAAAAUGACUCUUAUCCUUCACAAUUCUUUCUCAAACAUCUAUAAUUGUUUUGAUGCAGUUGAAUUGCCCUGUUUUGCAUUGGAGGAAAACAGUGUCAUAAAUCAGGAAACCUCACCUGAUUUGUGCUUUCAAACGCUCAAUCUACAUGCAAGUUAUUGCGUAGAGCGCGUACUCUAUCAGUACUCGAUUUAUGGGAAGAUGGUUGAGCAUCUUUUUUAUUAUCAACUCCUGCAUUGUUGAUCUGGUUGAUAUUAGGAUAUUGUUCUGUACUUUUCAAUUUUAGGAUUUGAUAGAUUGGGAUGGAUAAUAAGCAGAUUGUGGUGGUUCAAAGAUAUGAAUUAGGGAGAUUACUCGGCCAAGGAACCUUUGCGAAGGUAUAUUAUGCGAGAAAUACAGAAACUAAUCAAAGCGUGGCCAUUAAGGUGAUUGAUAAAGAAAAGAUCACGAAGGCUUCACUAAUAGAUCAGAUUAAGCGUGAAAUAUCUAUUAUGCGACUUGUUAGGCAUCCUAAUAUUAUACAUCUAUAUGAGGUUAUGGCCACCAAGACUAAGAUCUACUUCGCCUUGGAAUAUGCUAAAGGCGGUGAGCUCUUUGACAAGGUUGCUAAAGGGAGGCUGAGGGAAGAAGUUGCUUGGAAAUACUUUUAUCAGUUGAUCAAUGCUGUUGAUUUUUGUCACAGUAGGGGAGUAUAUCACCGUGAUAUAAAGCCAGAGAACCUACUUCUUGAUGAAAAUGAGAAUCUUAAGGUGUCUGAUUUUGGUUUAAGUGCUUUAGCCGAGUCCAAGCGCCAAGAUGGGUUGCUACACACUACUUGUGGUACUCCAGCUUAUGUUGCUCCUGAAGUCAUCAAUAGGAAGGGCUAUGAUGGUGCAAAAGCUGAUAUCUGGUCUUGUGGAGCAGUAUUGUUCGUCUUAUUGGCAGGUUAUCUUCCAUUCCACGAUUCAAAUUUAAUGGAGAUGUAUAGGAAGAUUGGAAAAGCGGACUAUAAAUGCCCUAGUUGGUUCCCUCGUGAUGUACGUCGGCUGCUUAUGAGGAUGCUUGAUCCAAACCCCUCUACUAGAACUUCCAUAGCAAUGAUAAGGCAAAGUUCUUGGUUCAAAAAAGGAUUGAGGUUUAAGAUGUUAAGAAGUGAAACAGGAAGUGAUGCUAAAGCGGGUGAAGAUGCAGCAGCUGUUUCUGGACCAUCAGAGAGUAGUAGUGUGUCAGCAGAUGGAAAUCAAGAGCCAGAUAGACCUCCGACGUUGAACGCUUUCGAUAUCAUCUCCCUUUCUGCUGGGUUCAAUCUAUCCAGUUUAUUUGAAGACAACUCAAAGAAGAAAGAAACAUUGUUUACUUGUAGAAAACCAGCCUCUGUUAUUCUCUCCAAGCUAGAAGAUAUCGCUAAACUUCUCAGGUUUCGGGUGCAGAAGAAGGAAGCAGGCCUACUGAAGUUCGAGGCGCUGACAGAGGGUAAAAAGGGGCCUUUGUCCAUUGAUACAGAGAUAUUUGAGAUUACUCCAUCCUUUUAUUUGGUGGAGAUGAAAAAAUCCAAUGGGGACACAUUGGAGUAUCAGAAGAUAUUAAAAGAGGACAUAAGACCAGCUCUACAGGAUAUUGUAUGGGUAUGGCGAGCCGAGCAGGAGCAGGAGCAGGAGCAGCAGCAACAACAGCCUCAGCCUCUGCCUCCGCAUCAGCCUCUCGAACUGCAGGAUCGGGAUCUAUAUCUGGACCAAGAGGGUGUAUCACAACAGCAGUAGCAGCUCGAAGAACAAUCAUAAAACCUGGAUUUGCAAGGACCUUAAUGUCGAUCUCCCCCAACUUGUACUAGUAACAUACUUUUCUGUACAUUUGUUCAUCUACUAAAGCUACACUACAUUCUGAUAAACAACUUGCACAACAAAAUUGCAAAAUCUAUUAUCAGCUUCUUAUAUCUUUCACAUAUUCA